AUCAAAAAAGGAGACUAAGAAGUCAACUGUUGUUCCUCCUUGAAGAAAACCAUAAGUCUUACAUGGCAUCUUCAGCAUCAAGAUUCACGAUGUUGAAUUUGAAAUCUCUGAAGUAUUCUCCACGUUUCUCUGUUGUUGGUUCCUCACUCCUUCUUCUGAACUCACAGGAACCAAACCAAAAAGCAUAAAGAAGCAUAGAGUCUUCAAACUUCGAAGUCAAGAACAAACAUAGCAGAAAAGGUGUUUUGGAGUUUGAAUCUAUGGAUCGUGAGAAGGUAGAUUGGUCUGAACUCCCCAUAGAGCUAUGGCCCAAGAUUGGAAAGUGUCUAGAGAAUCACAUAGAUGUUCUAAGAUUCAGAAGUGUUUGUGAAACUUGGAGAUCUUCCAUCCCUUCUUCUCAUCCAAAUUCUCCAUCUUUUCCAAUGAAAAUCCCUCACCCCAUCAAUUCCUCCAUUAAAGCAAGCCUUAACCAAGCUACCCUUUAUCUUAUUGAGUCAACUGAUGCAAGCUUUGGCUCCAAGUUGGAUCCUUUGGCACCUUCUUCUUCCAAAGGGUGGUUGAUCAAGGUUGAAGAAGGUCCAAAGGGUGUUUCUUUGAGGCUGGUUAGCCCAAUAUCUGGACGGAAAAUCUUUCAUCCUUCUGAAGAUUCUCCAAUGAUUUGGAACCUUUUGGACUAUAGAGUCAUUGAAUUAUGCAAAUCCUACACCCUUCAGAACACUGGCAGGUUCUCUGCUUCUGUGAGCAAGGUUGUUUUCUUUCCAAACUCUUCUUGGGUUGGUGUUGAAGAUUCGGUUGCUUGUUGUGUGUUUUUAGAGGGAAGAUUGGGGAUAAUGAAACAUGGUGAUGAGAAAUGGGCACUAGUGGAUGACAAGAAUUUCUAUUAUGAUGAUGUUAUUGUGCAUAGGGGUCAGUUCUAUGUCACUGAUAAGUGGGGCACUAUCUCAUGGGUAGAUACAAAUUCCUUGAAAUUGAUUCAGUUCACACCUCCCUUGUGUGGUUUUGGUAACAAGAAACAUUUGGUCGAAUCAUGUGGGAGUCUCUAUGUUGUUGAUAGGUACUAUGAAACUGAGCCAAGGAGGAGAAACUACUUCGGCCGCCAGGAAAACCGAGAUGCUGCCGUGGAAUGUUUCAAGGUUUAUAAGUUGGAUGAAGAUUGGGGAACUUGGGUUGAUGUGAAACAAUUGGGAGAUAGAGCCUUCAUUUUGGGUAGAAAUUGUAAUUUCUCUGUUUCAGCUAAAGAACUCACUGGAUAUCAAGGGAACUGCAUUUACUUCACUGAUAUGUUUGAUUUAAGGAUGUACAGCUUGGAUGAUCAUAGCAUUGUUACCAUUGACUUUGAUCCAAGUAUUGAGAAGAAUAUGAUGCCUCAAACCGCUUGGCUAGGUCACACUAUUUGAGUUUAAAGCUAAAAGCAUAUACAUGAAGGAAGAAGAACCUCUCUAGAGAAGUUCAUAGUGAAGAGGUAUACUAUUGCUGAUCUUAAUUUAUGGAAGCCACUUUUGCUUGCUAUGUAAUUAUUGGUUCAUUUGCUACUUGAGUGUCACACUAGGAUUCUUUUGGUUCUCCAAGAUCUUCUCAUUCCACCUUUGUAUUAUAUAUAUAUAUAUAUAGGCUAUAGCAACAACUUUGUAUCAUAACAAAAAUCAAGAUCUAUGUUGUACUUCCAUUAGUAUAUAAUGAGAUUCGGUUGUGUACUUGAAGAUU